AUGUGUAGAAAUUUAAACACCAACGCAAGUAAAACUUUGUUAGUAAGCGAUGAUGAUAGAGCGAGAGGACAAAUAUGUGCCAAGCAUUAUGAUAUAAUUUAUAAGGCUGUACAAAAUAUUGCUGUUCCUGACUAUGAUGAUGCAAGGCAAACUCUGUUGCAUCUUGUAGAUAUACUGAAAACUGACAACGAAACAGUAACAGAUGUGUUUGAAUUUUUAAAUCACAGAAAACAGCUGAUCACAUCAUUGAGGACAUCUACAAAGUAUGCAUACGAUCUCAGUAUUCCUAUCUACCUGAAGUACCUACAUUCCAACAUUCAGAGUUAUAACGUUAUCCUUGGCUUCCUAGCUGGGGAAAACUGGUGGCAACUACUGAUUGACUUAUACAAUGGGCCAUAUGCUACUAAAUUAUUUGGUUAUCUAGAGAACAGCUUCGAGGUCGCUGAAGAUCUACUUAGUAAUUUCGAUGAUAUACACGUGAUCCGUCUUCUCCAUGACAUUGAUGUGAACCAGACAGAAUCAAUCUGUCUGCCAAACAUCACGCUGUCAGACUACAUUCCCGACAAGACGGGAUUAUGGUCCGACCUAAAGGAACAAAUAUGCAACGUGGAGAAAGUUGAGCUGUAUAAAGAACUGCCACCACUUUUGUUUGCGUCACAAGGUUACGAGACUUCCUUAACACUGUCCAAAGACAUCGACUACCAUGCCAUUGAUUCUGAUAUUUCUGCAAUUGAAUCGAAGCUGGACAUCAUUAGGGAUGGUCCUAAAUCGCCACAGACCCCGCCAUGGGUGACAGAUGAGAAGGUGGAACACUUAAGGAAGGUGGCUUUGGGGUUACUCUCUAAAGAAACUUUGACGAAAAUAUCAUUUGCUAUGCUGAGCAAUCUAGUUGAUGCUGGGACUCUGUUCCUAAAUAACAGUCAGUGCACAGUGUGCUCUCAGUUCACAACGUGGUUCAAGCAGCUCAACCUGCAGCUAUUCAAAAAGCAAGAGUACGACAACCUGCUGUGCCAUCUGCACACCAUGAGCCUGGAAGAUGUGUACCAUGCGUUGAAGAACGACUUUCAUUGGGACAUGGCUAUCAAGGAGUUAAUCUCGACGAGGAACUACACGAAGUACGAGAUGAACAAAUCAAUGAACGAAUUCUUAGGACAAGUGAAGCUACACUUACUGGAGGACAUCAGUGCAACUGACACAAAGGUGAUGGAGUGUCUCGCUAAGAAUAUCUCCAGGAAUGAAUUUGGAAAUGCCACAAUAUUUGCCUCAAUCCUAGCUCAAACAGGGAAAUUGCUCAGAGCUGAACUGCCUCACAUCCAUGAAGUAGAUGGUAUCAAAAACCUGCCUUAUCUAAAGGAGCUCUCGUCUGAAGUGGCUCACAAUAUAGACGUAGUAAAACCUUUAAAGGACUACCUAAUGGAGAAAAGUGAUCUGCAUGGAGAACUCAUGAAGAUUGUAGAUGAUCAUGAUAUUAUUGCUGAUAUUGAAAAUGCUCAAGUAAAUUUGAGAAAAAUCCGCAGCAUAUCAGAACCAAAUACAGCGAACAUAGUCAUCAAGCCGGUCAGAAACUGGACCGACAUCUGUGUUCGCUACAACUGCAGCAACAUCGCUACUGUCAUCAGAAACAAUAUCAACAAUACUCUUAUUGAAAAAGCACUUCCAAAAUACCAAGAAGAAGAGUUCUGGCGUUUCAACUUCGUGUCGAACAUCAUCCGGCACCUUGAAGACUUCAUGUCUCACAGUGCUCGUCUCUUGGGGCUGGCCAGCAAAGUCGACGUCAAGGGUAUAAUGGACGGUCACCUCGAAGCUAUAGUUGAUGCCUUGAUCCUGGUCAUCAGUGAGGAGUCCCUUGACAACAUUAUGUUUAGCCUCCAUGGUAUUCUCGAGCAGCUGCACCCUCUCUUGGAGGGUACCCCUCUGGAUCAGGACCUGAGUGCACUGAGCUCCGGUCUGCUUGUAGUCAGACAACUCAAGAACUACUUGCUGGAGGACGUUAACCUUAAUAUGGAAGUAUCGAAAUUAUUCCCUGAUGCUGAUGAUGUGGAGGUAGGACUGAGCGCACUCGGCAUCAAUAAUACUAACUUCUGGUCUGUCGCCGCGCCCAGGAUACACGCCGGCACCAUACAGCUGAAGCCGCUCUUCUCCUCAAAGCCCGACGACAGCCAUAUAGCAAAGUACGUAUGUCAAAUGGAUUACAUGUCCAAAAUGCUGUUCCCUGCGAACUUGGAUGUGGUGUCGGCUGAAGAUGUCUUCGGAGCCACCAUCGAGCAGUUCUGCGGUCUACAAGACCAUAUCGCCAAGCAAGUGCUGCCAGUGCUACUGCGGAACUUCAAUUACACCCUUCUUUUUGAUGAAGUGGCUAGCACUCUUCUCACAAAACUGUAUGCCGCGUCAAACUUGACCGAAGAAGAGGGAUCUAGUGUGGUUGGGAAGUACUCACAGAUGGCAGCACUAAUACCUGUGAUUCAGGAGAAAAUGCAAGAUGUUAGCCAGACACUGGCCAACGAGACAUUGUUCCAGAGCUUGAGGGAUUUCAGCACUGUUGGGAAUCUUCUUUCUUCUCCGGACUUCAUGAGUAGUGCUGGCAACUUGCUGUGUGGCAAACCGUUCCAAGUGAACACGAACAAAUUCUACAAGUCCAUUGCAGCCACAAAGGACUUCUCCACGAAACCUGAUCAAGCGCAGCUGGAUGUACUGCCCACGGACUUCUGUCGCUCGUUGUAUGUGGACAUCAUCAACGUGGAAGGCGGCAAGAUCAUGUGGAGCUUCGUGAAGCCGCUCAUCAUGGGCAAGAUCCUGUACACCCCGCCCUCUCCCGUCGUCACCAAGAUUAUUGAACAGGCCAACUCCACCUUCGCAACAAUGAUCAAGAUGACGGGUUUAGUGCACUCGUUCUCAAGGUCAUUCCCAGCGAUAGACCAGCUGUCCUCACACAGAGAUGGCGUUGCUGUACUCCGCCGAGUCAUGACCGCGCCACAGUUCAGCUCGAUACGGAAAAUGCUGAUCAAAGGAGACGAAGAGAUCGCGGUUCCUGAUGUCGAUAUCGAUAGCCUUUUUGCAGAAUUUGGAGAUUUAGAUAGUAUCGGCAGUCUACUAUCGAAGAUGUCGAACCUGCUGCAGUGUGUCAACCUGAACAGGUUCCAGGCUUCUUCCAACGAGCAGAACCUCACCCACGAGGCCGCGCAACUCAGCAUCGUCAACGAGUUCUCCGCUGGUCUGGUGUUCCUGAACAGCCAGCAUCACGACGGAGCACUGAGUAAAGUCGAGUAUAAAAUCCGCAUGGACAUCGACAAUUCACCCACCACAGCACGCAACAAGGACUACCUGUGGACCCCAGGUCCCGAAGCGAACUUCUUGGAGAACAUGCGCUACUUCCGAGGAUUCGUUCAAAUCCAGGACAUCGUGGACAAGGCAAUUAUCCAGCUGUCACAAGACUCCGUCCCUCGCCGCAAGAGGGAGACUCAAGAGGAGAAGGAAUGGGCGGUGUACACACAACAAAUGCCAUACCCUUGCUAUAGGAGAGAUUUUUUCCAGGCUUCAUUGUACGAGUCUCAGUCGAUGAUCGUGGCUUUCUUCUUCUCCCUGCUAUUCACGGUUGCGUCGGCUGUCCGAUUCAUCGUGAUAGACAAGGAGACGGGAAACACCAUGCUCAUGUCUGUAAUGGGUGUGGACCUGCGCUGGCACACGCUGUCCUGGUUCCUCACAUCAUUCGUGGAGAUGAUUGUCACCGACCUCUGCAUCACUAUGGUGCUGCACUUCGGACAAGUGUUGCCUAGAACAGAUCCCACACUGAUUUUCGCAUUGAUCUUCAUUUUUGGAAUAUCCGUACUAAGUUUUUGCUACAUGCUCUCCAAGAUGUUCAGGUCAGCGAGUCUGGCUGCAGUGUUCUCCGCCAUCGUCUACCUGAUGACCUUCAUGCCAAUCGUCAUCAUCCUCUCCCUGGAAUCCAUUAUAAACUUCACUCUCAAGAUUUUUGUUUGCCUCUUCAUGUCCUCAUCUCUGAGCUACUCGUUCCUGUACAUCACAAGGUUUGAGGCUCGUGGCUCCGGCGCCUCCUGGGCUGACGUUUGGGCCUCACCAAAUGGUUAUGAUGACACCAACAUCGGAUUCACUGCUGUAAUGAUGAUCGUGGAUGCUAUUCUGUAUUUCAUCAUUGGAUGGAUCAUUGAUAGAUACUUUGGUAUAAAAACUCUAACGAGCAACAUCACCCACUGCACCACGACGGACGAGAAGGCUGGUGUCAGUAUUGUGAACAUCACCAAGGUUUAUGGAGAAGGUUCCAGAAGGGCUAAGGUCGCCCUCGACAAUGUUUCUAUAGAACUACACAAAGGACAAAUCACUACUUUGCUAGGACAUAAUGGCGCUGGGAAGACUACACUUAUUAACAUCCUGAUGGGCAUGCUGAAGCCGAGCCGCGGGCACGUGGUAGUGCGCGGGGAGCGCGCGGGCACGCGGCUGGGCGUGUGCCCGCAGCACGACGUGCUGCUGGACUGCCUCACGGCGCGCGAGCACGUGCAGCUCUACGCGCAACUCAAGAGUGGAAACUCGGCAGAUGAAGUGCGCGAUGAAGUCGACAAGAUGUUGGAAGUCUUAUCACUAGGUGCUGUAUGCGACGAGCCGGUGCACCGACUGUCAGGUGGAACAAGACGUCGUCUGUGCGUGGCUCUGGCCUUCGUGGGACAGCCCCAUCUUGUCUCACUCGAUGAACCAACCGCUGGAGUCGAUCCUGCUGCCAGGAGGGACAUUUGGUCGAUGAUUGUGAAGCUGAAGGAAGACCGCACCAUCUUGCUGACUACUCACCACCUGGACGAGGCAGAACUCCUCAGCGACCAGAUCGUCAUAAUGCAUAAGGGCCAAAUUCACACGACAGGAUCUCCGAUAGAAAUCAAAAGGACUCUAGGUAAUGGCUAUAAGUUGACUGUGAUGUACCCUGCACCGAACAUGGAUCACGAUGAAAUGUGGGAAGAAAGCAGUCAGGAGGAGAAAACCAAACAGUUGCUGACCGUGGUCCGAGAUGUCGUCAAGAACGCGAACGUUGUUGAUGUUAAUGGAAAUGAAGUUGAAAUUGCAUUACCAUUCUUCGAUGCCAACGGAUUGAAUAAUAACUUCCUACAAUUAUGUACGGUGCUGGAAGCGACACAGUCAGCACUUGGCUUCAGAAACUACACCCUGGACUGCAGCAGCCUAGAGCAGGUGUUCUUCAACAUCUGCCAGCAGGCUGAUGCUCCGCAAAACGGAAUCGAGUAUGUGGUUGACAGCUGUCCUUCGAAGAGUGCGUCCAACUCCAGCAUCCGCACAGACCGAGCUCAGCAAGACCUGGUCUCACCUGAUGGUCCACUGAAGGGCACCGCCUGGCAGCAGUUCAAGGCGCUCAUGUAUGCCAGAUACAUGCAUCAUAGUAGAAACUGGUGGCUGAUGUUCCUCCUAGUUGUGCUACCGACGGUGUUCGUGACGGUGGCCAUGGCAUUCUCCAUGCUUCGUCCUCCUGCAGACAAUGAGAUCGCCCUCAAGCUCGACGAUCAACUUUACCGGCCAUCGACUGAGUUCUUAGUACCACCACCUGUACCAUCGGAAUACGUGGACCCUAAGUUUGUGGAGAGCAUCCUCCAUUACCUGAUGAUGGACAAACAAACUAAGAAUUGGACCAGGGCGGACAAUCCGCAAUGUGAGUGCACGGAGACGAGACAGCACUGCAACUUUACAGAGGAACAAUCCACUUCUAUGCCGGAGAUGAUGCUGGUGCCAGACUCCACAGCCCUCAACAAGUGGCUGGUGGAUACACAGGAGUUAUACAUCGAGAAGAGGUACGGAGGCUACUCAAUGACCCUAAAGAACAACUUGACGAAUAUGAUCUCCUGGUACAACAACAAGGGUCAACACGCCUUGCCAGCCUACCUUAACGCGGCCAACAACGCCAUUCUUCGAGCUGUGUCUGGCAUGCCCACUGCUAACAUCACCACAUAUACACAUCCACUCAAGAUCUCCAAAGAACCCAUCAGCAAAGCUACAGUAUACCAACACAUUGCGGACGCUGGGAUCUCAGGGCUAGUGUUAGUGGCUUACUGCCUCGUAACCGCUGGUGCUGCCAUCUACCUCGUGGGCGCGCGACGCUCCCAGGAGAAGAGACUGCAGCUUCUCUGUGGAGUCUGUCCACUGUUGUACUGGACUACGGCUCUUGUUUGGGAUAUGAUGAUAAUGGCAAUAAACGUCGGUGUGACGGCGAUUGUGAUGACAGCAUUCGGAUUCCCCGUGUUUGUGGCGCGGAACAACCUGCCGGCCAUCUGCAUACUGCUCAUGUUAUACGGGUUUGCCUGCGGCUCUUUGGUGCAUUUGUUCGAGAAGAUAUUCUCGGAGCCAAGUAUGGCGAACAUGGUGCUGUUCUGUGGCAACGCGUUCAUCGGCCUCACGUUCAUUGCCAUACUCCUCAUCUUUGACAUCAUCUCCGAGUCUGAGGAGACAGACCACGCUCGCUACGUGUUACACAAGUUCUUCAUGCUGGCGCCGCAGUUCGCGCUCGGAGACGGAUUGCUGGAGAUCGCCAAGAACACCAUACAGGCUGAAGUGCUGAACCGGUUUGGUAUGGAAACGUACAAGGACCCGUUCUCUAGCUCGCUGGUGCUGUACCACUGCGUGUACCUGGUGGUGGUGGGGACAGUCCUGCAGCUCCUCAACCUCGCCAUAGAGUACAAUUGCUUCGAUGGUUUGCUAGCCAGACUGAGGUCGGAGCGCGUGGCCGCGCAUGGAGGCGGCGAGCUGGAGUCUCGCGAGGUGCGCGACGAGCGCCGCCGCGUGCUCGCCGCGCGCACGCAUGCGCACGCCGCGCCGCUGCGGGUCAAUACCAUCGGGAAUAUUAACAGAGGCUACAUUCACACGGAGGGCAAGAAGGGUUCCUUGCAGCGCGUGGUGCCGCCAUCUUGUGACGCAGCGCAGUGCGUGGAGCUGUCCAAGUGCUACCCGGCCUUCCGAGGGUACAACGUCGCGCUCCGCAACCUCACACUCGGCAUACCACCCGGACAGUGCACAGCUCUUUUGGGUCAGAACGGUGCUGGCAAGUCGACCACGUUCUCCAUGCUGACGGGAGAGGUGCGGCCCUCCUCCGGACAGCUGUACCUCAACAACAAACUUGUCAACUCCACGCAACUUUGCAGGAAUGGACUCAUUAGUUAUUGCCCUCAGAGUGACGCGAUAGAUCGCCUCCUGACUGUCAGUGAGACGCUGCGGUUCUACUGCAAGCUGCGAGGCAUUGACGAUCAGGAAGAGGUGAUAAAACGCACGAUGGAAAUGUUCGACCUGACGAAGUACUCCGACGUGCUGACCGGCACCCUCAGCGGAGGGAACAAGAGGAAACUGUGCACUGCCAUCGCGUUCAUGGCCAGGACACCGCUAGUCUUACUCGAUGAACCUACCAGCGGCAUGGACCCAGUGUCUCGCGGCUGCGUGUCGCGCGGGGUGCGCGCGGCGUGCGGUCGCGCGCGCGGCGUGCUGCUGUCGACGCACGCGCUGCAGGACGCGCGCCGCCUCGCCGCGCGCGUCGCCUUGUUGCGCGCCGGGGACCUCGUCGCGCUCGCGCCGCUAGAGGACUGUCUGCAAAGGUUCGGCGGCGGGUACGUGGUGCAGUGCCGCGUGGGUCGGGGCGGGGCGAGCUCGCCGCGGAGCGCGUGGCGAGCUGUGGGGGGGCGCGCGCCGCACGCGCAGCUCCGCGUGCUGCACCAACACACGCUGCACUUCCUCGUGCCCACGCACUGCACUGUUGAUCAGAAAGAAGUUACGACUCGUCUGAGCGACAUCUUCCGGCUGAUGGCGGAACUACAAAGCACCUGUGAUAUUGAAGACUUCACCGUCAACCAGAGCUCGCUGGAACAGAUGUUCUUAAGCUUCACGGAUAAAUCAGAAAUCGAGUCAGAUAUAGUUGAAGUGGAACAACUUCCUUCUCCAGAGACAAUCAUGACUUCAGAGGAUCUAGACACUGUUACUGCUCUCUAAGUACUAGCGAUGAACUUGUCGCUAGAUGGCGCUGAUAAACAUUUAGUCUCCAUUAGCUACACUCCCGCCAUCUAGUGCACCAAAAAAGUAGCCUUUAUGUAAUGUAAGAAAACAAUGAUAAAAAUAAUAUUUAAGUCUCUUUCUAGGGUCAUUUGUGCGAA